AUGUUUGAGUGUUUCGCUGAUUCAUUCACCCUCCAGUCGGAAGCCAUUUCUCGCGCAUAUGGCCCGUCGCUGUGUUGUAAACUGAAAAGUUGGGUCGACGUCGAAGCUAUGGCGUGGGUUGUGCGCGCAACAUUUUCGACUUCUACGUUUAUCGACGCCGUUCUUGCCGUAUCAAUGUGUUAUUACCUGUACAAGAGCAGAAACUCGUUUAGCAGUACAAACAAUCGAAUUUUCAGUAUUAUUCGAUACGUACUGAUUUCGGGAACUCUCACAUGUGCUGCAUCAAUGGCCUCGCUGUUCACUUAUGUAGCAAUGCCUGAUAACCUUAUUUUCCUCGGCGUAUCGUUCUUGGUCACCAAAUUGUACACUAUAAGUUAUAUCGCUAUGUUAAAUUCUCGAAAAUCAUCGCAGUCCGGUCACGACUCCUCCUACAGUGUAGGAAGAAUUAUCACAGGACGUUCCGCUGCGGCACAUACAGGUGGUGGUGAAGAAGAUAAGAUAGGCGAAGAUUCGCUGGGACUUUCAUCUACAAGCUACCGUGCUCGCCUUGAUCAAGAGCUUGUAGAUCAAAAGAUCCGACCCCACACUAGCUCUCAGCCAGAGGUUAUUGGUAUCAAGGUCCACCGCACGGAAGAAAAGAAAUUUGACACCGCAGAAAGUAGCUGGAGCCAUGUUUGA